AUGGAGUCGCUCAUUCGCGACAAUCUUCCAACAGCGAUUUCUAUGUUUUUGAAUAAUGAAAGAGUACCUCUCCGUCAGCUACGCGCCGAAGAAAUGAUGACACGCACGGGGACUUGCUCGAACAACGACUUCGCAAAUGCCUUAGAACGGAAGUUAUUGUACAUUUGGAUGCUUCUAUCCGCUGCUUACAUGCUGGUGUUACCAUUCGUUAAUAGAACGCAUCCUUAUAAUACAGUUGCGUCGGCUUACCUUUAUUCACCAAUGAUCACCGACGAUGCUGAUAAAGAGGCAGCUCACUACACAACACUCCUGGUGGGAAUACAUAACGUCACUGUGGUCGUCGUGGUGCUGAGCCUUUACGCAACUAUUUGUGUGUAUAUUGACACUUUCGAUGCCCACAAUCGUACAAACUCACGACAACCGCCCGGUUGCUGUGAGCUUGCCGAAGAAACCCUCCAACUGAGACUCUAA